AUUGGGUUCUCUAGUUUUAUUACUGUUGAACUUAAUAGUGUCGGGUUCUUAUAUUGAAGUGAAACUAAAUUUUACGUUUGAGUGUUUUUACUAUGGCAUUCCAGCAUCAGCCUGGGGUAGCUAUAGAGUGCUUAAGCAUUCCAAUUAAAUUAUCAAAAGAAGCAGGUGUAGAUGCUGAAGGCAGAUCAGUUAUGAAAUGUGGUUUUAAGAUUGGAGGUGGUAUAGACCAAGACUAUCAUAAGAGUCCCCAAGGGUAUACAGAUAAUGGUAUUUAUGUGACAGAAGUUUAUGAUGACAGCCCAGCAGAGAAAAGUGGACUAAAAAUUCAUGACAAAAUCCUUCAGGUGAAUGGGUAUGACUUUACUAUGGUGACACACAAAAAGGCUGUGGAGUACAUUAAGAAACAUGCAGUUUUGAACAUGCUCGUGGCAAGAAAAGGAGUCACGCAUUCCUGAAAGUAUCAAUCAGUCAAUGAGAACAUAAGUUUGUUUCUUGUGGCCUUCUAUUCAGUUUUUGUACUAGCAGUCUUGUUGCAGCAUGUAUCAGUAAAACUUGUAAACAGUCUGUCUAAUGAAAAAUAAUGAUAAUGUUGUGAUUUGUUCUUGAAAUGAUUCUGUCUGUACAACGUACGUAUAUGUAGUUUUAAUAUUUCAGGAGGUUUUUGUAAGACUGAAAUUUAUAUUCCUACAGGAAAUUAAUAUGGAAUGCUUUGUUGGAGUGAAAAACUGCUUAGGCUUUAAGUUGCAUUGUGAGUCAUUAUUUGAGUCUUGGUAUGUACACAGUAUCUUGUCUGCUAAAUAAGCCAAGGCAAAAAAAACAUUAAAUCCAGACUUCUUUCCUUAUAAUGUCUAAGUAGCUUAGUUUCAGUCAACAUUAAAUAAAGCCUUCUUUUUGUAUGGUGUCUAAGUAGCUUAGUUUUAGUCAACAUUAAAUAAAGCCUUCUUCCCGUAUGGUGUCUAAGUAGCUUAGUUUCAGUCAAACCAGAUUACCCCUGUUAGAAGUAAGGGAGAAAAGUCAGGAUUUUAAAAUGAAAUCUGUUUUUUUUUUGCUUCCAAGUCUUAACAUUUAAGUUUUAUUUUGUCAUUUUAAUUUAAAUAAUUAUAUAUUUGUAAGAUGUGAGAUGUAAAAUGUAUAUAUAGAUAUAUAUGUAUAAUAAUUGUUCCAUGUAUUUAACACACUGAACAAUACACGUUACACACACACACACACACACACACACACACACACACACACACACACACACACACACACACACACACACACACACACACAUCUAUCCUUUAUCAUAUUCUGAACAGCAUUUCAAGGGUAUUUGGAUGUUAGUCAUUCAAACCUUCUAAACAUCUAAAACUUUAUUUCUGCACUGAACAUUUGAAUUAUCUGAGAAUAAAAUACAGAUUAGAUGGUAGCAUCAUUUUUGAUAGCAUAUUUAUCAAGUUUCUUAAGAAGAACUGCCAAUUAUAAAUUUUACUUUUGUAUCCUGUACAAUGAAGAGUUUUUACUGAAAUUAUGUUAAAUAUAUUACAUGCAGAUAGAAGAAAAGAUUGUACAUCAAAUCAUAUAAAUUAUUUUUAUUUGCAGGAAAAAAUUUCUCUCAUAGUCUAUGAUUAUAUAUUGCCGUUAUUCUGUGGCUCAAGAGACCUGUCUAGACUAAGUCUUAUACUUACUUUUAGGUUUAACUUACCAAGAAUGAUAAACAGAAAAUAUUAUUAUUGAUACUGAUUGUUCAUUAUAAACCUUGAAGUAAGACAUUUAAAAAAAAAAAAAAAAAAGUCGUACUUCUUUUUUCUUAUAUUUUGUACUCUCGAUAUUUUCACACUCAGUAACUUGCUAUUUUUAACAGCUGUUUAAUACUGGAAAAACUUGAGACCUCAUCAUGUGUAUGAUCUUAACCUCCUCUUAUUUGUAUGUUUCUUUAAUACUUAUCCUAUUUGCAGAGUGUGUAAUAGCUGUUACAUUUUUACUAAAUUUCCAUUUGAAUAAAAAUAUAGAACUCUGUUGUAUGUCAUUUUUCUAUCUACUUCAUGUUAUUGAUAAAUAUAAAGAAGUUUCUGCUUUAGAUCUGUUGAAAUCCAGUGGUAUUGAAUAAAAUCUGUCAUUCUUGUGUGUUUAUUGAUAAACUGAAAAGAAAAAACCUACAUUUUGACUGAUCAUCCUGUACAUCAUGUUUGAACAAGUACCAAAAUAAACUAAUAAUAAUAAUACCCAAUAUAAAAUUUGUAUACAAGGAUACAAAUCAAGUUUCAUUGAUCUUUGUGUCAACACAGGAAAAUUGGUAUAGUUUUGCAUCACCUUCUGUGGUGUCAUAUUUUAUUAAAAUGUGAGCUAAUCUUAAAAAUUUCAAACAUCUUCUGAUUCAGCUUUAUUUCAGUGAUGAGUACAAUAUUGUUUCUCUUGUUAUAUGACCUUGUUUCAUAGUACUAAGAUAAAAAGCAAAAUAAGAACUGUUAUAACACUAGUAAAUACAUAAUUAUUUUUUACUGUCUUCAGUAAUUGUACCCUUUGAUUAUUGACUAAAAUGAAUUACAUGUAACCAUAUAGUUUCUUGUUUUAUUAUGUGUUUUUUCUUUUCUGUUAAUGCAUGCUUUAAUUUUUAAACAUUAAAAAUGUUAAAAGCUACCAUAAAAAAUAUAUUAAAUGCAACAUAAAUAGUUUGGUUAAAAAUAUAUUGUUUAUUAUUAUUAUCAUUUAUAAAAUUUUAAAAAGGAACAAUUCUGUAACAUUAUACCCUAACUGCUCUAACUCUGACUUUCAUUAUCUUUGUGUUCUGAUUAGUUUGUUCUUUUCAUUAAUUAUCUUAUUUCUUGGCUAAAAGGAAUGUUAUCGGUGCCUUUGUGGUCUUCAGAUUUUUCUUUCACAAGAUAUGUUUCCAAUGAAAAAUUAUAAUGAAAGGUGAAAGCUGCAUAUACUAAGGUUUCUCACCAGGUAAUGUUAAUUACAUAAGUGUGUGCCAAUUACAGCAAGUGUGUUGUACACUAAUGAAAAGUAAUAAAAUAAAGUUGAUUUAUUAGUACAUAGUGUUGUUUUUGUCCAGUUUACAUAACCUGUGUUUUAGCAGUGUUGUGAGCUGUGUGGUUUGUUUUAUGCAUAUUUGUCUUUCUUGGUUCAACUAUCACAGUGUAGAAAGUUGCAUAAUCAUGCAGACCUAAAACUUACUGAAAUACAAAAUUCCAGUGCACAAAUAAGAAGUUCUCAGUUAACUGAAUAUAAACCUGAGACUGGUCUUGUGUAUAAAUAACUUUAUGUUGAGGCAGAGUAUAAUACAAAACAUGAAGGAGUUUAACAGAUCAUAAUACCAUCAAAUAUCAAAAUAUUUUAAGGUCACCAAGCUGCACAUACUAUUACAAUUAUUUUGAUUUUAGUAGCAUGUUGUAAAAUCAUUACAUCUCUGUACACCACUUAAUUUGAUUGCUGGAGUAGUUAUCAAACAUUGAAAUGGUAAGCUUUUCAAACUGAAAGUAAGCAAUGUGGUGAUUUUUUCAGUGUGCAAAUUUUGAACAAUAAUGUGUCUUUUGCUCAUUUAUUUACAGAUGUCACUUUCAUCUUCCACAUAUAAACACAUCUGUUCUGACAGAUUUUCUGUUGCAUACAGUAGAGGCAGCUCAGUAUCACUAAGUCACUAGUCCUACUAGAAAAGUGUAUUUCAAGCUUGGUAUAUACUGACCUGUACAGUACUUCAAAGCUUUGCCUGCAUGAACACAUUCUGUUCAUGGAACUUUCAAUAUUAGUUAGCCAAGAAAUUACGUUAGGUAAUUAAUUUUUUAUUUUAACAUCACCAGCUACCAUGUUACUACAGCUCUUUCUCUAAUGUUGGAUCCCAAGAUACGUUGUUGUGAAACAUACGUGUACAAAAGAAAUCAGUUUUUUGCUAUUUGUUCUUUUGCUUGUGAAAAUCUGAUCGGAAAAGGUGUUUAGUCAAACACACUUGAAUAUGUUUUUAAAAUGUAAUUUAGUUAUUAUUAUAAAUAUUCUUUUUUUUUUUUGAAGUGCUAGAUAGUAUGAUUAUGAUAUUGUUUAUAUAUUCUUAUUGCUCAGUGUGUGUUUGUUUAAACCUUGAUACUGUGUUAAUCUUUUCAGGUUUUAAUGUACAAAUAAACUAAUUGUGGCUAUAAAUUUAACUUUUACUAGCUUAACAGCUUCUAAGUAAUAUAAAUUUUUAGCUUGUUAUACUGUAAGUCAUUCUAUUUGAUACAUUGUAUAAACUGUAGCUUCUAGAAAUGCCUUUUAUUUAUGUAAGAUAACAUGCACAUGGGCUUGCAUGAAUCAAAAAAUAAAUUGCAGAAGUAUAAUAGUUGUCUUUCCUGAUUUUACCAUUUAUUCUUUUUCUUUGAGCAAGUGAAAGUUAUUUGGCAACCAGAAAGUGAAAUCCAGAAAAAUUACCCAGUCAGUUAAUAUAGGCUCAACCAAACUGAGUCAUUUUGUUAUAUGUCAAUUAUACCAUAAUUAUUAGAUACAGCAACCUUAACUUUCAUAGGUUUCAUACAGAAAAUAUUGCACAGCUUUAAUACAGAUCUAGAACAUGACUUAACUGGCAGUAAUGUGUCACCAAAGGACAGAUCUAAAACAUGAACAAACUGUCAGUAAUGUGUCACUGAGGGACAGAUCUAAAGCAUGAACAAGUUGGCAAUAAUGUAGCACUGAGAAACAGAUCUAAAACAUGAGCAAACUAGCAGUAAUGUGUCACCAAAGGACCAAUAUAAAACAUGGUCAAAGUGACAGCAAUGUGUCACCAAAAGACAGAUCUAAAACAUGGCCAAACUGGCAAUAAUGUGUCACCAAGGGACAAAUCUAAAACAUGACCAAACUGUCAAUAAUGUGUCACUGAGGAACAGAUCUAAAGCAUGAACAAGUUGGCAAUAAUGUGUCACCAAAGAACAGAUUUAAAAUAUGACCUAACUGACAGUACUGUGCCUCUGAGAAAAUGCCGAGUUCAAAUUGUAUAGUACAGUUUUAAUAUGAUUAAAGCAAAGGAUUCACUUUCUUACUGUCAAAUUCCUUCUUGAAUAUACAUGGUCAUCAAAUAUUUUGUAAACAAAGAAAUAAUACCAUUUUUAUUCUUUUUUCAGUAAAACAUUUUAUAUAUAUAUAUAUUUGUUCCCCUGAUGUAAAACAUUGUGAAAAAUAAAAUUCCAAGCUUGCUUCUAAA